AUGCCCCUCGACAGCAGCAGCACGCACCGGCGCCGCAGCGUCGCCGCACGCCUGGUGCGCCUUGCGGCUGCCGGCGUUGCAGCUGCUCUUGCUGUUGGCACCGCCGCCGCGUGGGCGCACGCCGCCGCGACGCCGCACCGCUGCAUCCACGACAAGCUGCAGGCCCGCGUGCGGGACUCCGCGGCGCACCGCCGCAUGCCACCCAGUGCGGUGUCCGCGGUGGGCCUGCCGUACAUUGCUCUCGAUGCCGCGGACACUGUCGCACGCGCCGCGGACUGGGGCACGCUGCGCAUCGCCGUCUCCACCGCAGACCUCACGGACCCCGACUACCACUGCACUCGCGUCGGGCAGCGUGUGAGCAACCACGCUGACGAGAUCGUCACCUGCACCGCCGAGGACGUGCUCACGGAGGAGAAGCGCGACAUCCUCGUCACCUACCUCAUCCCGCAGGCGCUGCAGCUGCACACGGAGCGGCUGAGGGUGAGGCAGGUGCAGGGCAGCUGGAAGGUGACCGGCAUGACGGGCGACGUGUGCGGCGAGUUCAAGGUGCCGGAGGCACACGUCGCCAAAUGCCACCGUCCUGUGUGA